GCGGCUGCUGCGAGGCUGUGAGGAGCAGGCAGGGGGAGGCGGCGGCGGCGGUAGCUUGUCGGUGAGCAGCCGGGAGGACCGGAGCCAGGGCGAAGCACCUGCAGGCACGGGCGGUGGCCCCACCAUGGCAAUACGCAAGAAGAGCACCAAGAACCCCCCGGUCUUGAGCCAUGAAUUCAUCCUGCAGAAUCACGCGGACAUCGUCUCCUGUAUUGCGAUGAUCUUCCUGCUGGGGCUCAUGUUCGAGAUAACAGCAAAAGCAUCUAUUAUUUUUGUUACUCUUCAGUACAAUGUUACCCUCUCUGCAUCAGAAGAACAAGCCACAGAGUCAGUAUCUCGUUACUACUAUGGUAUUAAAGAUUUGGCUACAGUUUUCUUCUACAUGCUUGUGGCAGUAAUUAUUCAUGCCAUAAUUCAAGAAUAUGUGUUGGAUAAAAUUAACAGACGAAUGCACUUCUCCAAAACAAAGCACAGCAAGUUUAAUGAGUCCGGUCAGCUCAGUGCAUUCUACCUUUUCUCUUGCAUUUGGGGCACAUUCAUUCUAAUCUCUGAAAACUACAUCUCAGACCCAACUAUCUUGUGGAAGGCUUAUCCCCAUAACAUGAUGACAUUUCAAAUGAAGUUUUUUUACAUAUCACAGUUGGCUUACUGGCUUCAUUCUUUUCCUGAACUCUACUUCCAGAAAAUAAAAAAAGAAGAUAUUCCUCGCCAGCUUGUCUACAUUGGUCUUUACCUCUUUCACAUUGCUGGAGCUUAUCUUUUGAACUUGAAUCAUCUCGGACUUGUUCUUUUGGUGCUUCAUUAUUUUGUUGAAUUCCUUUUUCACAUUUCCCGCCUGUUUUAUUUUAGUGAUGAAAAGUAUCAGAAGGGGUUUUCUGUGUGGGCAGUACUGUUUGUUUUGGGACGACUUCUGACUUUGAUCCUUUCGGUGCUCACUGUUGGAUUUGGCCUUGCAAGAGCAGAGAAUCAGAAGCUUGAUUUGAGUAAUGGAAACUUCAACAUACUGGCCAUUAGAAUUGCUGUUCUGGCCUCCAUUUGCAUUACUCAAGCCUUCAUGAUGUGGAAGUUUAUUAAUUUCCAGCUUAGGAGAUGGAGAGAACAUUCUACAUCUCAGGCACCAGUUGUGAAGAAGAAGCCAACAGUGACGAAGGGCAGAUCUAGAAAAGGAGCAGAAAAUGGUGUAAAUGGAACAGUAACUUCAAACGGAGCAGACUCUCCCCGUAAUAGAAAAGACAAAUCUUCAUAAUGAGUCAGAACCUAAUUGAUUAGUGUCCCCAAAGAAAUACGCUUUUUGCUAUAGAUUUUUCUUCUUAAAAAAUAUAAUUUGUGCUCUUGGAUUCUUGCUGUCGUACUGUUUCAUG